AUGUCUAACCAAGACCAGGCCUCCACCAACUACAAAGAAGCCUUCUCGCUCUUCGACAAGCGCGGCAACGGCCGUGUCGCCCUCGACUCACUCGGCGACCUGCUGCGAGCCUGCGGCCAGAACCCGACGCUGGCUGAGAUCCGCGAUCUGGAGCAGACUGUUGGCGGGGACUUCGACUUUGACUCCUUCCAGAAAGUGCUCAACCGCCCCGGCGGCUUCCGCGACCCAGGCGAGCCAGAGGAAUAUUGUCGCGGAUUCCAGGUGUUUGACAAGGAUUUGACCGGCUUUAUUGGUGUUGGGCAGCUGCGAUACAUCCUCACGAAUCUCGGCGAGAAAAUGACCGAUGAAGAAGUGGACGAAUUGCUCAAGGUCGUUGAUACCAGCUCCGGCGAGAUUAACUAUACCGACCUCGUGCGCACUAUCCUCGCAAACUAA